AUGUCUCCUCAUUAUUAUCAAGCAUAUAUGCAGGCCAUGCAGCCUCCGAUAAAUGCGCAAGGAUAUACCCUAUCGUCGACUUACAUGCUUCAACACACCAGUGGAAGUGCUCCGCGAAAUGUAUCCCGUGAAGCUAGCAAUAAUGUCCCUGCGCGGACUAACGAUAGAAGGCCAGACUCCACCAGUGGCCAAGCGUAUGCUAGUUGGUACCAGCAUGGAAACUGUCGUUGUACUCGUCAAGGUUGUGUCUUUACUGGUUCUAAGAAAUCAGUCGAGAUACAUAUGAUGGACCGCCACUUUAUCUUUCCCCCUGGAUGGCAGAAAAAAGACGAAUGGGAUACCGACCCAAGUCUAAAAGGCAAACCUAUUGCGAUUCAGGGAACAUCUUUAAUCCUCGACUCCCAAGAGGCGAUCAAUGGUUGGAUAGCAGAGCGCAAGAACCGGUUUCCUACUACACAGAAGGUGGAAGACAAGAAGAGGAAGCUUGAGGAAGCCAUCGCGAGAGGCCAGCUGACACCUGAAGACAUUGGCUUACAAGCGAGAAGGAAGCGGAGAAGGGAUGAUUCGUCAUUUCGGGGUCAGCAACCAAGGGGUCGAGGGAGGGGUAGAGGAAUGGGUCGUGGCAGUCACACUAGUUUCAUUGUCUCGAGGACUCCAGAUACAUCAUCACCGAUGAAACCUCAAGCAGCACCUCUUUCCUCAUCAAUUCCUACGGAACAACAGGAUAGAUCUGAUCUAGACUCUAGUUCGGAUGAUGGUGCUCCCGAAGUUGUGUCUUCUAAGCGUCCUCCAGCUGCAGAGGCAGUCUUGGUCUCAACGCCACAGCUCAAGCAAGAACUGCAAUCACAGGCGCCACCCAAACCCAUAAAAAGGCCACCUCAACCUCAACCCAAGCCCCCGCCGCGAAAUCCAUUCGCGUCACGACCUACCUUGCUUAGGAGUUUGCUUCUUCCUGAAAUUCGCAUCACCGUAUCAAACCUGUCUCAAGCGGUUCGAUUUUUGGUUGACAACGACUUUCUGCGAGGAGUAGAGAUGAAGCCCGGCGAGGCGCAGCAGAAAAUGAUUGAAGUACUGGGCAGCACUGGACCCCAACUUCAAACCGCUCUCUCAGAUUCGAAGUCCCAGAUGACUGUCCUAGAGUAG